CUCAGAUCUCAGCCUCUCCCAUGCCUUCAUCUCCGGUUAUUCAUUACUCUUUGGUCUUGACCUGAGAAUACUAACAACGCUCAUAUCUAGUUCUUCAGGUAACGCUAUGGCAGAUUCAGACACGCACAGCGAGAAGCAGUGUCGGAUCUGCUUCGAGGGCGAGGACCCGCAGCUUGGACGGCUCAUUCGGCCUUGCCUAUGCAAGGGUUCUAUGAGCCAUGUGCACGUCAAAUGCCUUCAACGGUGGCGAAACACUGCCGCCAACCAGAGCGCAUUCUAUUCAUGUCCACAGUGCGGGUAUAGGUACCACUUCGUCCGUACCCGAGUGGUAGGCAUUGCUACAAACCCAGUCGUCAUAGCUGCGGUGUCUUCCCUUCUAUUCACUGUCCUUGUCUUGUGCAGCUCUUUCAUUACGACUUCACUGUUGUCCGACGACGGAGACUCAAUACUCUAUUCCUACGGCUUCUACAAUCCGCUCGAGGUGAUCCAGAACCUCGUCAGGGCGACCGUCAACAUCUUCAUCGACGACAGGUUACUUGACGAGACUGUCCUCCAGGGCUCACGGGGCAAAGUCCGACCCAUGCACAUCCGCACACCUGCGAAGCCUCCGGGGUUCAUCAAACGCCUUGUGCGUCGCUUCCUACUUGGUCUACCUGUCGUGGGUGCAGGCUCCAUCGCACACAUGCUACUCUCGAUCCCCUUGCCAUUCCACUGGUUGCGCCUCAGAGGUUAUACCCGAGGCCGUGACUCGCGAGACUUUGUAGCACUUCUAAUGGUAGCCGUUGUCUUGAUGGGCGCCGCGAGAGCGCUAUACAAAGUGUACAAACUGACGGAGAAGCUCACCAAGCGUCUUCUCCUGCGCGCGGAGGAUGUAAUUCUGGAGGUUUAAAGCGACGCAUGCUUCCCCUUCGUGGACAUUGGAUCUCAUCCACAUUGUACCGAUU